AAUUCGUUGGAUUAUCAUUUGUUUUGUUGGCCAUCGUUUUGGUUGCUAACGCUGAUAAUACAACUGAUCAGGCAAAUAAAUAUGCUGAUCAAAUUAUUCCAACGAUUAUCAAAACAAAACAUUUGGAUCCAUUAAAAAUUGACCAUUAUGAAAUUGGGGUUAUUGUUCACGGUAUUCUUAUUGAUAUUAAAAUGAAAAAUAUUACAGUUCAAGGUUUAAGUCAUAUUUAUCGUAAUGGUAAUGCUGUAAUGAAAAAUAAUAGCAAUAUUAUAGAUAUUCAAUUACAAUUGAAUGAUAAAAAUAUUAUUGUAACCAGUGAUUUGAAUGUAAAAACUGAUAUAAAAAAUUUUGAAAAUUUAAAUUGUCAAAUCAGUUACGAUAAUAUUCAUAUUAAUUUUAAAUUUGAAAAAAAUCAUGACCAAUUUAAAGUUAAAGAAUUUAAAAUUGUUCAUUUUGAAAAUUGUCAAGUAAAUAUUCAAGGUUCAUCAGAAGUUGAAGCUAACGAUUAUGCAUGUAGACAGAUUAGAAAAUUAAUCAAUCAAUCAAUCAAUAAAGCUUAACGGUCCAGAUUGAGGUCCAUAGCUUCUUCAACGAUUUGUUUCCAUCGGUCGCUAAUGAGUAAAUUAAUUAUUGAACAGAAAA